UGUCCCUCAGACACAGCGGAUCACGGAAAGAGCCGAAGAUGGGACAUGUACACUGAUCAUCAGGGCACUGAUGAUCAGUGUGCCCUGAUGAUCAGUGUGGCCCCAGAAGUGCCAGCAGUCAGUGCUCAUCAGUGCCACGUGCCAGUGCCCAUCAGUGCCACAUCAAUGCCACAUAUCAGUGCCCAUCUGAGCUGCCUUUCAAUGUCACCCAUCAGUGCCAGUCAGUGCCACCUAUCAAUGCCAAUCAGUGCCACCUAUCAGUGCUGCCAAUCAGUGCCACCUAUCAGUGCCAGUCAGUGUCGCCUAUCAGUGCACAUCAGU